UCUAGUAAAUUCCGACUGCCCAGCCAGUUACUGCCAUUGCAAAAGGCCAGAAAAAAAUCCAAUUCGUCUGCAAAACCCUCUUUCAAAACCGUCACGAUUCCCAUUUUUUCUCAUUUGAAAGACAAGAAAAUGUUGGGUCCGGCAGCACUUCCUGCUACUCAGUUCAACUUCAACAUGAAGGCGCUGAAUUGUAACAUGGAAAUUGGAAGAAUGAACAUCACCACCUCCUCCAGUGCAACAGUACCCAGAAUCAGAAGACACUCCAAAACUUUUUCUUCUUUUCACUUUGGUCCCCAUUCUUUAUUUUUAUUUAAGCCCAAAACUUCGUCUCUCCGUACACUAUUAUCCAGCGGCGGUUGCAAUUGUAGUAGUAGUAGUGAUGGUGAUGGCGCCUCUGAUUCAAACCCCCAACUCUCUUCUUCUGUUGAUACAAAGGAUAUAAACAAUAGCUCUUCUACUUUUGGUGACAGUUAUGUUGCCUUGUUUGUCCGGAUGCUUGGACUGGACAAUGAUCCACUUGACAGAGAACAAGCAAUAGUGGCUCUAUGGAAAUACUCUCUAGGUGGAAAGAAGUGCAUUGACACUAUCAUGCAGUUCAGUGGUUGCAUAAAUCUCACCAUUAACCUUCUUAAGUCAGAAUCUAGUGCUACAUGUGAAGCAGCUGCAGGCCUUUUACGAUCAGUAUCUUCUAUUAAUUCAUAUAGAGACUCUGUAGCAGAAAGAGGAGCUGUAGAAGAGAUCAAUGGAUUGUUGAGUCGAUCUUCCUUGACUGCUGAGGUGAAGGAGCAGAGUAUAUGUACUUUGUGGAACUUAUCUGUUGAUGAGAAACUUAGAUUGAAAAUUGCAAAUUCUGAUAUUUUGCCAUUACUUAUUAAGUCACUGGAAGAUGAGGACAUCAACGUAAAGGAAGCGGCUGGCGGGGUUUUGGCAAAUCUGGCAUUGAGCCACUCAAAUCAUAACAUAAUGGUUGAAGCAGGUGUUAUUCCAAAACUGGCACAGCUCUUAAAAACUGAUGUGGAAGAAUUCAAAGUCAUACGAAAGGCAGCAAGGAAUGCACUGAUUGAACUUUCUAAAGAUGAAUACUAUAGAAUUCUUAUUAUAGAGGAAGGCCUGGUUCCUGUCCCUAUGAUUGGUUCAGCUGCAUAUAAGUCCUUCAGACCUGGUUUGUAUUCGUGGCCUAGUUUACCAGAUGGUACUGAGAUUGAACGGACUUCACAAGACCCUUCCAGGUAUGGUGCCAAUGAAUUACUACUUGGAUUAAAUGUUAGUGACAAGAAUGUGGACAUUGAAGAAGCCAAGAUGAAUGCGGUGGUUGGACGGGCAAAACAACAGUUUCUUGCUCGUAUUGGGGCUAUAGAGUUGGAAGAUGAAAGGAAACCUCAAUCUGAUUUGCCUACCGGUCGGCAGGUAACAAUUCUGCCAUGGAUGGAUGGUGUGGCUCGACUUGUUUUGAUUCUUGGGCUUGAAGAUGAGGCAGCCAUACAAAGAGCUGCAGAGUCGAUUGCAGAUGCAUCUAUUAAUGAACAUAUGCGGGUUUCAUUUAAGGAAGCUGGGGCUAUCAAGCUUUUGGUUGGGCAUUUAAACCAUAAUAAUGAUGCUAUCAGAUUGGCCGCAACACGUGCUUUGGAGAGAUUGUCUGUCAGUCAUGGUGUUUGCCAUGUUAUUGAAGCUGAAGGUGUUAUUUGUCCUUUGGUUAAUACUCUAAAGUGCUCAGACAUCUCUGAAAGAUUGAUGGAAAAGACCUUGGACAUACUUGGUCGUAUCUUAGACCCAAGUAAAGAAUUAAAAUCAAAGUUUUAUGAUGGAUCAGUUGAUGGAUCACAAAAGGAUUUAGAUGCUUCUACAGGAUCUGGAACCACAGCUGAAAUAGCAUCAAAUACCAAUACAAGGAAAGAAGUGUUGGACUCGGUCUUCAUCAGUCGCCUGGUUGACAUUCUGAAGACCUCAAGCCCUAUUUUACAGAGGAAGGCAGCUUCUAUCCUUGAGUUUGUAACAAUUAUUGACCCAAGCAUGGACACAAUCAAUUCGGUGGAUAUUGAAUCUGGUCUAGAUGCCAUUUUCCAACAAAAAGUUUUGGAAGAUUUAGAAUCUGAUGUUGAGGCUCAGCAACCCGAAAAAUAUGCCCUUGAAAUUGAAGAAGCUGGUCUUACAAUAUCUGCUGCAUCACGGCUACUGGCAAAAUUGCUUGAUUCCAAGCAAUUUUCCGGAACAAUAAACUCCUCUCAUUUCACUGAACUGCUACGCAGAAUCCUCAAGUCAGAUAUCCCCCUUCACUACAAAGACUGGGUUGCUGCUUGUUUAGUUAAACUGAGCUCUCUGUCUGGUCCCUACAUCGACUACGAAAAUCCAAUCAACAUGGAGGUAACACUUUAUGAGACGAUUCCAAGACUCAUCGAGCAGAUGAAAUCCUCUCUCUCACCGGAUGUCCAGGAAGCUGCAGUCGUAGAACUGAGCAGAAUAAUAUAUGAAGGGGUGGUGGAUUCAACUCGAGCCAUUGCAUCAGAGGGUGGAAUAUUUCCGUUGGUGAAGCUGAUAGAAGGAGGGAGUGAUAGAGCUGUUGAAGCAGGCAUAGCAAUACUGUAUAAUCUGAGCAUGCACAGUGAAAAUCAUUCAGCCAUUAUAGCUGCUGGUGCAGUCCCAGUCUUGAGGAGAAUUGUUCUUUCACAGAGACCACAGUGGACAAGAGCUCUUCGAUUGCUCAGGAAUUUACCCAUUUGAUGAAACAAAAUAUAGUACUUGUUGCUGAGACACUGUAGGAUUAUGUAAAUCUAUUUUGCCUCAUUAUGUAACACCAUUUUUAUGAGUUGAUGUAUUAGAAUUCAUCAAUAUUUUUGAUAAUAAAUAGAAACCUUAGUCUUCGUGAA